GAUCGUUGAGACUAAAAAUUAUGUGUAAUCGCUAAUUUAAAAAUAGUGUUCGUUUAAUAGAAAGAUGCAUCUGCGAUAUAUAAAUUAAUAUAAAUAUAAUUGUAUAGAUAAAAAAAAUUGUCGCAAUGUAAAAAUUACUCAAUACAAUGUCUAAAAUUGCGAUUGGUUGAAAUAAAUACAUACAGAACAUCUUACACGUGAUGGCACAUAAUAAUACCUCGAAAACUGUGAGGCAUGGAUUUUGCGAUGCCAUUUUCUCGAGUGCGCCAAUUAAUUUUGACAAGGAAAAUACAAAUUCUUUGAACAAAAUGGAGAAGACGUGUUCUGAAAUAUGUGACACACCUUGUAAAGGAAUCCAAAAUCAACGUGAAAAUAAAUGUCUGAAACUUGAGAAACAUAAAAUAUUUUUUAAUAAUGAGUUAGUGGAGAAUACGAAAUUAAUAAACACACCUUCUAGUUCAAAUCUCACUCAUUCAAAGACUAUAAAUACAUUUCAAAGGAAACAAGUCUUAUUUCCAGAAAAUAUUUUAUCCAAUAACCAAUGUAAAAUUACAAAUGUGCCAUCAAUAACUUCUCUAAAUGACAAGACACCGACAGUGCAUUUCUGUACUCCUAAGCAAUAUAAAGCACGCACUGCUGCAAUUAAUACAAAAAUAAAUAUUCCACCUGUGAACAAGACACCUGUAAAACGUUAUUUCAGUGAUGAUAUUUUAUCUGAAGCAACACCUGACUGUUUUAGUAUAGUCCAGGUGGAAACACCAUGUGCUAAAUCAAAUGAAGUUUGUAUAGAAGACCAAACAGUAUUCGAAGGAGAAAAUAGUAACUUGAUUGUGGGUAUACGUAUUAGACCAUUAAAUGCAAAAGAACUAAGUGACUCAAAAAUUGCAUCAGUUGUGAAUGUGAAUGGCCAGAAUAUCACUGUCAAUUGUGAAUCCAUCCAGCACACUUUCACGUAUGAUCACUGUUUUAUAUCAUACGAAGAUCCAAACAGGACUGGUCAUGCUAGUCAAGAAACUGUGUUCACAAAUAUGGUUCUACCAUUAAUACAGAAUGCUUUUGAGGGAUAUAAUGUUUGUUUGUUUGCUUAUGGACAAACAGGGUCUGGUAAAAGUUAUAGUAUGAUGGGUCAAGAAUCUCCUCAAGCAAAUGCAACAGUGCUUGACAAGGCAACUGGUAUUAUUCCAAGAUUCUGUCAAGAAAUAUUCUCCAGGAUACCUAUAAAUAUAAAUACCACAACGACGGUAGAAAUUAGUUAUUUUGAAAUUUAUAACGAGAAGAUACACGAUCUUUUGACGAACGUUAAUAAUGGAGUGAAAAGAGCUCCCCUCAAAGUUCGAGAACAUCCAGUUUAUGGUCCAUAUAUUGUUGAUUUGAGUCAGCAUUGUGUACAAAAUUAUCAAGACUUGCAGACUUGGAUUAAAGUGGGCAAUUCUCAACGGGCUACAGCAGCAACAGGAAUGAAUGAGAAGAGCUCAAGAUCGCAUAGUAUAUUUAGUAUUAUAUUAACGCAAACACAAGUCAGUAGUCAAUUAAAUAAGGAACACGUUGAUCCUAGCCGUCGCAGUAAAAUUAAUUUAGUGGAUUUGGCAGGCAGUGAGAGACUGAGUCAAACUUGUGCCAGUGGCGAAAGACUGAAGGAAGGUGUGUCCAUUAACAAGUCGCUGCUUACCUUGGGGAAAGUAAUCGCAUCUCUUGCUGAAAACACGAAUAAUCGCAAGCGAGGUUUCGUUCCAUACAGAGAGUCGGUACUCACAUGGCUGCUGAAGGAGAGCCUCGGUGGAAACUCGAGGACGGCUAUGCUGGGAACAGUGUCACCGGUUAAUAUUCACGUGGAAGAAACAUUGGCAACCCUUCGCUAUGCUUGUCAGGCACGAGCCAUUGUCAAUCGAAUACGAAUCAAUGAGGAUCCACAUGAAAAAUUAAUACGCGAGCUGAAAGCAGAAGUACAACGAUUGCGCGGCGUUCGCGAAGGAUACGAAAAGCAACUAGGAAUUUGUCCCCGAAGACUUCUUGAUUCCAUUGAACUCAACAGCAAUAAUAAUGACGAGGUCAAGCAGAAGCAACAAGAGAUCGAUAAAUUGAAGGGCCAGCUAAAAAAAACCGAGGAACAACUUAUGACCACUCAAAUGACGUGGUCAAAAAAGCUGCAGGAGACGGAGCAGAGGAAAAAUUCUGAAUUAAAGUAUUUACGUCGCUGUGGGAUCGCCAUCGAGAUCGAUUUUCAAGAAAAGGACAAACAGCCUUGUUUGAUCAAUCUUGCAGCUGAUCCUAUGUUGUCCGGUACGCUCUUGUACCUAAUUCCUCCUGGAUUGGUUCGCAUCGGCAAAAAUUCUAGAGCCGAUGGGUCCCCCAAAAAUUUGGAUAUCGUGUUGGAUGGGCCCUUGGUUAGGCCUCUGCACUGCUCCAUUCAGAACAGUAACGGGAAACUUCUACUGUGCACAGAAAUGGAUGGGGACACCUAUGUCAAUGGACAGAUUGUAACUGGCAAAGUAAUGCUCAAACAUGGUGAUCGUUUGGUGAUAGGCGGCAAUCAUUACUUCAAAGUCUCAAAUCCUCAUGAUGCACAUAGCAACAUUCAAAUCUCCGCUCUAGCCGUAGACUAUGAAUUUGCAUACCAAGAAAUUCUUAAAGUGCAAGAGGAAAAAUUAAGAGCUGAACUUGAGGAAAGCAAACAAAAAGCUAUCAAGGAAUUAGAGUAUGCUAAACGUGAAGUCGAAUUACAAUUAGGAUCGCAAAAACAAUCUUAUGAACGCAAGAUUGAAAUGCUUGAUUCUACGGUUGAAGAACAAAAGCUAGCAUUACAACAGAUUCAUAAGAAAAAGAAGGAACUGGAACUAGAGAAAGAGUUGCUUGCAAACGAAGUUGAAAUAAGUAAUAGAUUAAAACUGAUACAAUCUGAGCAAAAGAAAGUUACUGUUGCGCCAUAUAAGUCCAAUUUUUUGGAAGAAUUGGAGAAUAUAUUGAGCGAGAAAACAGCAGAUGCAGAGUACGCUCUUAAGAUGACAGCGAGUACCGAAGCUAUCAAUGGUGGUGGUAUAACUCUCCACGAAAUGCAGCUACUGGUGAGAGAAGCUACCGAGCGAUGUAAAGAAGUCGGACUAAAUUACGAAUUCGAUCAACAACAAGUAAUUGUAAAUAAGAGUCUCAGACCAGUGAUUCGUAUACGUAACAAAGACUGCAUGAAAGAAACGCUAUGGGAGCCAAUGAAAUUUUUAGAUUGGGUUCAUCGAUUGCGAGAUUACGAUAUAGAAGACUCCAUCAAAGAAUUGUGCACAACAUUGGAUGGGACUUGGGAACAGUACGAGAAUACAGAAACUUUUGAAGAUUCCUUGAACAGUAGUCGAAUAUCUAUUAACAUGACACCUGUGAAAAAACACUUGAAUGAAAGCUUGCAGCAAUUUUCUAUGGACACAACAGUAAUCGGUGCUAUAGUCGACAAUCAGACGUUAGACGAUACUAAAGAACAGGAGAGUAUAGACGGCUGUCUUGUACAAAUGGAGCUUGCUGCAAAAUCUUUACGAAGAUUAUGCGCGAAAAAUUACGAAAAUCAAAUGGUUGCGGAAUCUCUUGACAUUAUACAGAGUAAUAUUGACACUUUGCGUAAAGUAUUAGAACCCCAAGUCAUAUAUGAACGUACAAAGGAAAGUACAAAUUACAGUCAAAAUUGUGAUAGUCCUGUACUACUUGAAAAGUCCCAUAAUUUAAAUGUGACUCCUUUUCAAGAUUCUCAUAAGGAUUACACUAAGUCUGUUGAUUCUUCAACACGGUCUACUUUACUCAAUAAUAAUAGAGUGUUCGAUAAAAUAAUCCAAAAAAAUGUGAAAUUCGAUGAUAAAUUAACAAAAGAACUAAACUAGUUUAAUAAGGGAUAAUACUUAGAUUAGUCGGAUUUUUAGAGGGUAUCAUUUCUAAAAAAAAUUGGAUCAGCUCUGUGAAUACCCUUACAUGGAUGGAAAAUUUAUAAUAACGUAGAAGCUGUACAAGCUAGUUGAGACGUUAAAUAAUUCUAAAAAGACAACGCAAUUGAAAAUGAAUCGCACCAUUUUAUUUUCGAUAACUUGUAUAUUUACCUAUAGGAAAGACUUUCUAUUGUCUAAUAUAAGAUAUAGAGUGAUAUU